CGCGGACACUGCGGAAUGUGGGGAGUUGUUGGCCGCUGUGCAGAGGUGGUGUUGGGACGUGGAUCGAGGGGGGUUUUGUCUUAGUUGCAACAUGGGAGGCAAGAACAAGAGACAUAAGGCGCCGGCGGCCGCCGCGGCCCGGGCCGCGGUGUCUGCUUCGAGAGCGAAAUCGGCCGAGGCUGGAGCUACCGCGGAGGCUCAGAACAAGAAGCCUGCGGCCAGGCCGCCCCCCGCCGCGGCUGGGGGCACCCGGGAGCCCCGAGUCAAGCAAGGUCCAAAAAUUUAUAGCUUUAAUUCUACAAGUGAUUCUGGUGGUCCUGCAAGUCUGGAUAAAUCUAUUUUGAAGGUGGUAAUUAAUAACAAACUAGAGCAAAGAAUUAUUGGAGUGAUAAAUGAGCAUAAAAAGCAAAAUAAUGACAAAGGAAUGAUUUCUGGAAGACUUACUGCCAAAAAAUUACAGGACUUAUACAUGGCUUUACAGGCAUUUUCAUUUAAGACAAAGGACAUUGAAGAUGCCAUGACCAACACCCUCUUACAUGGAGGUGACCUUCAUUCGGCCUUGGAUUGGCUCUGCUUGAACCUUUCAGAUGAUGCACUUCCUGAAGGAUUCAGUCAGGAGUUUGAAGAGGAACAACCUAGAAGUAGGCCAAAAUUCCAGUCUCCUCAAAUACAAGCCAUUAUUUCACCUCAAGUGCAACCUAAAGCCAAAAAACAGGAAGAAGAUUCUAAGAUUAAGCCAAAAAAGGAAGAAAAAAAUAUGGAAGUUAAUAUGAAAGAAUGGAUAUUGAGGUAUGCUGAACAAGAAAAUGAAGAAGAAAAGAGUGAGAAUUCUAAAAGUUUAGAAGAGGAGGAAAAGUUUGACCCUAAUGAAAGGUACUUGCACUUUGCAGCGAAACUUUUGGAUGCAAAGGAGCAAGCAGCUGCUUUCAAACUAGAAAAAGACAAAGCAGGCCAAAAAGAGGCUCAAGAAAAAAUAAGGAGAUUUCAACGAGAAAUGGAAACUUUAGAAGACCAUCCAGUAUUCAAUCCAUCCAUAAAGGUUUCACAUCAGCAGAAUGAGAAGAAAAAGCCUCCUUUGGCUACUGAAGGGGGAAGUGCUUUGAACUUUAAUUUAUUUGAAAAAUCUACAACAGCUCCUGAAGAACAGAAAGAUAAGAAGAAAGAACCUCAUGAUGUAAGGAAUUUUGACUAUACAGCUCGCAGCUGGACUGGAAAAUCUCCCAAACAAUUUCUGAUUGAUUGGGUGAGGAAGAAUCUUCCCAAGAGUCCAAAUCCUUCCUUUGAAAAAGUUCCAGUAGGUAGAUACUGGAAAUGUAGGGUGAGAGUAAUCAAAUCUGAUGAUGAUGUCCUGGUAGCAUGUCCUACCAUUUUGACAGAGGAUGGCAUGCAAGCUCAGCACCUGGGAGCUACUCUAGCCCUUUAUCGCUUAGUGAAAGGGCAGGCAGUUCACCAGUUACUUCCUCCUACUUACCGAGAUGUUUGGCUGGAGUGGAGUGAUGCAGAAAAGAAAAAGGAAGAAUUAAAUAAAAUGGAAAGCAAUAAACCACGGGACCUUUUUAUUGCCAAACUUCUGAAUAAAUUGAAACAGCAGCAGCAACAACAGAACUCUGACAAUAAGAGAGAAAAUUCCAACGAUCCUGAAGAAUCUUGGGAAAAUUUAGUUUCUGAUGAGGAUUUCUCUGCACUGUCCAUGGACUCUGCAAAUGCUGAAGAUUUGGAACCUAUCCGAAACCUAUUUAGGAAGUUACAAAGCACACCCAAGUAUCAGAGACUUCUCAAGGAAAGGCAACAGUUGCCUGUGUUCAAACACCGGAACUUGAUUGUUGAAACUCUGAAGAGGCACCGGGUCGUGGUUGUGGCAGGUGAAACAGGGAGUGGUAAAAGUACUCAAGUGCCGCAUUUUCUACUGGAGGAUUUGCUUCUAAAUGAAUGGGGAACGAGUAAAUGUAGCAUUGUCUGUACCCAGCCCAGAAGAAUCUCUGCAGUGAGCUUAGCCACCAGAGUGUGUGAAGAGUUGGGCUGUGAAAAUGGCCCUGGAGGAAGGGACUCCUUGUGUGGCUAUCAGAUCCGCAUGGAGUCUCGAGCUAGUGACUCUACCAGAUUACUCUAUUGUACGACAGGAGUUUUGCUCAGGAAACUUCAAGAAGAUGGUCUUCUAACAAACGUGUCUCAUGUUAUUGUAGAUGAGGUUCAUGAAAGAAGUGUUCAAUCAGACUUCCUACUGAUUAUCUUGAAGGAGAUUUUACAGAAACGUUCCGAUCUCCACUUGAUUCUCAUGAGUGCUACUGUGGAUAGUGACAAGUUUUCCACAUAUUUCACACACUGCCCUAUCCUCAGAAUUUCAGGAAGAAGUUACCCUGUUGAGGUUUUUCAUGUCGAAGAUAUAAUAGAGGAAACAGGCUUUGUGCUGGAGAAAGACUCCGAAUAUUGCCAGAAAUUUCUGGAGGAGGAAGAAGAAGUCACCAUUAAUGUUACCGGCAAAGCGGGGGGAAUAAAAAAGUAUCAGGAAUACAUCCCAGUGCAGACUGGAGUGAGUGCAGAUUUGAGUCCCUUCUACCAGAAGUACAGCAGCCGCACGCAGCAUGCCAUUCUCUACAUGAAUCCCCAUAAGAUCAACCUGGACCUCAUUUUGGAACUUCUGGCAUAUUUGGACAAAAGUCCCCAAUUCAGAAAUAUUGAAGGAGCAGUGCUGAUCUUUUUACCGGGACUUGCUCAUAUUCAGCAGUUAUAUGACCUCCUGUCAACUGACCGAAGAUUUUAUUCUGAACGAUAUAAAGUGAUAGCUCUGCAUUCUAUUCUUUCAACUCAAGAUCAAGCCGCAGCAUUCACAUUCCCUCCUCCAGGCGUCAGGAAGAUUGUUUUAGCAACAAAUAUUGCAGAGACGGGCAUCACCAUUCCGGAUGUUGUAUUUGUAAUUGAUACUGGAAGGACAAAAGAAAAUAAAUUCCACGAAAGCAGUCAGAUGAGUUCCUUGGUUGAGACGUUUGUCAGUAAAGCUAGCGCUCUGCAGCGCCAGGGCAGGGCCGGGCGAGUCCGAGACGGCUUCUGCUUCCGAAUGUACACCAGAGAAAGAUUUGAAGGCUUUAUGGACUAUUCUGUCCCUGAAAUCUUACGGGUGCCCCUGGAGGAGUUGUGUCUUCAUAUUAUGAAAUGCGAUCUUGGGUCUCCUGAAGAUUUCCUCUCCAAAGCCUUAGAUCCUCCUCAGCUUCAAGUGAUCAGCAAUGCAAUGAAUUUACUCCGAAAAAUUGGAGCUUGCGAACUAAAUGAGCCUAAACUGACUCCACUGGGCCAACACCUUGCAGCUUUGCCUGUGAAUGUCAAGAUUGGGAAGAUGCUUAUUUUUGGUGCCAUAUUCGGCUGCCUUGAACCAGUGGCAACACUGGCAGCAGUAAUGACAGAGAAGUCUCCUUUUACCACACCCAUGGGCCGAAAAGACGAAGCCGACCUUGCAAAGUCAGCUUUGGCUAUUGCAGAUUCUGACCAUCUGACCAUCUACAAUGCCUACCUGGGAUGGAAGAAAGCUCGGCAGGAAGGAGGCUAUCGUUCUGAAAUGGCUUAUUGCCGGAGAAACUUUCUUAAUAGAACCUCACUAUUAACCCUAGAGGAUGUAAAACACGAGUUAAUCAAGCUGGUCAAGGCAGCGGGAUUUUCAUCAUCCACAACUCCUAGCAGCUGGGAAGAAAACAGAGCUCCACAGACCCUCUCCUUUCAAGAAAUUGCCCUUCUUAAAGCUGUUCUGGCCGCUGGGCUAUAUGAUAAUGUUGGGAAGAUAAUCUACACAAAAUCAGUGGAUCUUACAGAAAAACUGGCUUGCAUGGUGGAGACAGCCCAGGGCAAAGCACAAGUACAUCCCUCCUCUGUAAAUAGAGAUUUGCAAACAUACGGGUGGCUCUUGUACCAGGAGAAGGUAAGGUAUGCCCGAGUGUAUUUGAGAGAAACUACCCUAAUCACCCCUUUUCCAGUUUUACUUUUUGGUGGCGAAAUAGAAGUUCAGCACCGGGAGCGUCUUCUCUCUGUUGACGGCUGGAUCUAUUUUCAGGCCCCUGUAAAGAUAGCUGUUAUUUUCAAGCAGCUACGAGUUCUUAUUGAUUCGGUUUUAAGAAAAAAACUUGAAAAUCCUAAGAUGUCCCUUGAAAAUGACAAGAUUCUACAAAUCAUCACAGAAUUAAUAAAAACAGAAUAAUUGAAACUCAUGGUCAAUCGCUUUAAAUUUUAAGAGGAAGAUACAGAGUCAGGAAAUUAUGUGGACCAUCCAAUGAAAUGUCUCAGUACUUUCAACGGUACUAGCCACAAUUUACAGGUGGCAAGAAAAAGCACAUCCUUUAAACAGGUGUAAUUUUCUAGUUCCUUUCUAAUGAUGAUUAUUCUCAAUGUAUUUGCCACUACAUUUACAGUAAAUUCUUUGGUAUCAUU